GUAAAUAAGAGCGUUUUUGUUGUCCCUGUCCCCGACUGUGUACGGCGGCGAGUCUCACGUGGUGGCGGGUUGCCUUGGCGAAACAAACCCUGCUCGCUGCGCUCAUUUCCAGCGGUAAGGUGCUUAAUCGCACUAGGCGGAUUUGAGUACACCGCCGUAUUACAAUGUCACGGCAGGGGUGAGUGAGAGAGCCGACUACGAAAUGCAACGAGACUCGUGUUGGCGAAUGUUGGGAUUAUAAGCAGUAACCACGGAAAGAUUAUCAUAGUCCUUCACAUUUCUAACAAUGUCGCGUAACGAGUGGGUUGUUAGGGUGGUUUCAGGCCCACUUUAAUUUGCAUGCAUGAUUGAUAGUUUCGUCGACAUUCAGCCGCAUUCAGUCGUACACAUUCAGCCGCAAUGUGAUCCUGGCAUGCUCGGCAAAAGACCAUCCCGGAUACGGAAAGACAGGUGUGAAAAAUGGAGCUCCAGAAAAUCUCUAAGCUUUUGUUCAGAGCAACGAGGUGACGUAGUGUCCCCCACUUAUCAACGCAAUGACCCAUGUUGGAGUUCGCGAUAAUACGGGCCGCUUCGUCGAAACCUUCGAGGUCUUCGCCAAACUCCCUGGGCCGGGCUCGCUGGCUCCCAUCAGCGUCCGCCACCAGACCACCGUGGCUGAGCUCAAGUCCCUGAUCGAGCUGGUGUGCGGCAUUCCCACUGACCUCCAGCUUCUCUCCUACCGUCAGCACGCCGUGCUCACGGACGGGGAUACCCUGGGUAAGCUCCUGGUUCUACCCGGGUCGCGCCUGCCUGUGAAGACCGCCUACGGGUACGACGGUCUGGUGGAUGCUGCACUGAGAGGCGACUUGAAGGAGGUCAUGAGGAGCGUUACUAUGACAAAGGAUGCAGACGGGCUGGCGAAGAGGAUGUUUGUAGCUAUGUUCAUCGCAGCACAUAAAGGGUAUCACUAUUUGGUUGAAAGAAUGCUUUGCGAAGGAGCUCAUCCCGAUUCGCAGACCCCCUCAGGAAGAACCGCCCUUCACGUGGCCUGCGCUAUGGGCAAUGGCGGCUGUCUGGACAGCCUGCUACAACACGGCGCCUCGCUGGACGUCCAGGACUCCUCGGGCAAGACGGCCGCUCACACGGCCGCCGCCUGCGGCCAGCAAGGCGCGCAGCGACGCCUCGUCUUGUACUCCAGGAUCCGGGCCGACAGAGCCAUCCGAGAGAAGCCAUGCAGUUGGUCGACGUCCCCGAGGUUUCCCAAGUCGAAGCUGGGGAGCAGCGUGACGCCGACUUUGCCCAUGCAAGAGCUGGCGAUCUCCCCCGGGCCGGAGCUCAUGAUUACGGCAUGGAAUGGUCGCGAGCACCACCAUCACUUCUUGAAGAAGAGACCAUGGUCUGCCAAAGGUUCUCUUUUUCACAGUGACAGCAGUACCUCCAGUGCGGAGAGCUGGGGCUCCUUGAGAGAAGGGAAAAAUCACAGUGCAGCAGCUGAAUCGCAUGAGGACUCCCCGAUUCCACACCACCAAACGCCCGACAAAAACCCGGUGAUGACCAGAUCUGUUCAUCUCCACGAUCGUCCAAGGGCCGCAGCGUCCUCGACGUCCGUCAAGCAGAACAGCAACAGAGCACCGCCAGUCAAAUCAGUCCAGUUUGCUGUCGGUGAGACGCAUUCGAGGCCGUCAAAAGGCAUGUCUAAGUACUCCAGCGACCACAGCGGACAAACUUUUUCUCGACCGCCUAACGCAGAACGGCAUACUACGCAAGAAUCUUUGCUGUCUUUGAAAAGUGCCUUAAGAUCACAGGAUAAUUUUGCUGACGAUCGACAAACACUUGCCUCAGAAAAAAAGAUUAGUGCUAAUGACACAAAAAACGAUUGGUCAACUCCAAAGCGGAACACGACAAAGUCCGCUUCGACUGCAUUCGUGAGUGACAAAACGACAGUUGUAAAUCAACCUGCAGAAAUCGGGUCCGCAUCGUCAGACGAUUUGUCAUCAGAGAGCAGAAGCCAGUCGACGCCAGGGUUGGAUCAAAAAGAAGUCAACAGUUUGACAAUCGAUUAUCUAAACGACAAACUCCGAGCGAUGGUCGGCCUACAAGUCCAACAUCCUCAACGAUUAGAGUUCAUGAAAGAGAAAGAACACGAAGAACUACGCAGUUUCUGGCCAACCAAGAGGACAAGGAAACCCACUCCGGAGGAGAACGAGCAAGCUUUUCGAGACUGGCUGGCGUCCAAGACACAAGACGCCAGGGACAGAAGAUUGGCCGACAGAGUCGGAAGGAUGCUGGACGACGCCUUCGGCAAGAAGGACGAGACACUGAUAGCAGGCGAGGACGAGGACGAAACGCCGAAGAAAGCACCACUGAAAUUCGAGGCCUGGGCCGAAAAGAAGGCGUCCCAACAGCAACAGCAAUCGGCCAAAGCAGCGGCAGAGUCAUCUAGACAAGAGCAGAGGAAGACGGAGCAGCUAGCCGCCCGCCUGGGUAACGGAAAACCAAUGGAAGCCUGGUUGGCCGAGAAGCUGAAGAAGAGGAGACAGGAGAGGAUAGCCGAGAAAGAGCGGGAGACUGAACGACAGCGCCUGAAGGCGGAGCGGGAGAAGGCCGUCGAGGGCGUCUUCCAGAAGUGGUGCAUGCAGAAGGAGUGGGAAGAGCUGCAGAAGCUGAGGGGGAGGCUAAACUCUGGAUGCAAGAGACGCCCCAGGUCCGGGAAUAACAAAACGAAAGCGCAUGGCUCAAGCGCCCAUACCGCAACGAGGCGGACUCGAGCUCACUCUGCGCCGCCUCGGAGGCAGCAAGUGCCCCCUCUAUAGUCUCAAGCAAAAGACAGUCGCUGUAACUCCUGCGAAUUAAUAGAAUUCAGCGCUGUGUGAUGUUUAAAAACAGUGCCGUCUUUUAAAAACGAUGGGGUUUGCAAAAUAAUGUUGUGCAUUUCCAUUUUUCAGCUGGUUCAGCCAUCGUAAAUACUACUCUUGCCAUUUCUCCUUUAGUCCCCUUGGGAUUAUAAUCGGAUUCCCAUUGCCUAUAUAAUCUUGUCAAAUUUGCGCGUAGCAGUGGCGUAUAUAAUUAUUAUAUUUAAUAAUUUUUUUCCUGAAAUCGAUUCCACAUUUUUUCAUUUAUAACAGAUUUUUCACCCCGCCCUCACGAAAUUUGAUAUAUAGUAACGUUUCGAAAGAAUUAGCGCUUUCAAUUACUAAAGACGAAGCAGCAGCAGCAGCAACAUGCUGGGGGAAAGAGGGAGGUAACUUACCCCCUGUCCCCGGCUAGACACGCCUGUAGCGCGCACCAAAAGUCACUUUGUGUUGCUUGGAUGGUUCAAAAAUAUCGCCUGGCUAUCUUUGACAGAUCAAGAGAGGGGAUUUUAAAUGUUUAAGUUUAAUUGCACGGUGGCUUAUACAGCUUGCGGAGAAUUCACUUCGCCAAAUUAACGACAACGGACCGUGUUUUUGUGUCAAGUAAAGUGGAGUUUGAUGAAGGGGAGGGGGAACAUUCCGAUAUGUGACAGAAUGGAAGGGCCAGGUUCGAAGAAUUCACGCUGUCGUAAGAUAAAGCAGUAAUGACAUCCCUUCAAGUAUUAUUCGCCUUGUUAAUUUUUUGAAUUGAGAAUCGGGUUGUUUUACCAGAAAGCAGCAUUUGUGUUUGUUAUCAUAAAAGGAACCAAUUAAAAAUUAAUUGAAUGAAAACUCGCCUACGAGUAAGCAAGGGGUUAUUCUGUUCGUCUUCAUUUAGCAGCAGGGCUUAAGUCAAGUCAGAUUCAAUCUUCUCAGAAAAACGUUUUGGACAAUGGGGUUUAAUAAUUUGUAGUGCUAUGUUUCAGACAAUCACUUGCCACCUAAAAAUGCUGAUAUUAUAGAUGAACGAGCCGUUCUUCAUUGGCGAAGCUGUGGUAUCCGGCGCUUUUGUCGAGCCAAAAUUAACCUGCUGCUAUCUUAUCAGAGUGA